AUGUCUUCAGGGAAGGUGCUGUAUUCGGCCAAUGUUGGUCAAAUAGCACAUGAAUUUCCUCUCAAGGGCCAGAAAUCUACAUCGGCAGGACGGGAUAAUGCUAUCCCCGAAAAGUCAAUUUCAACAUCCGUGAGGGAGAAUUCUGAUAUCCAAUCGAGCCGAGAGGACCCAGGAGCAGUUGUAUUUCUCUUCCCGCCGAAGGGUCAUUGUGGGUGGACCAUAUCCUCGCUGUGGCUCGCAUGCAAACUAUGGCUCCUGGAACUGAUUAGUCCCGCAAACGAUGAAGGAUGCAAGAGCGCUCGAGUCGACAAACUAGUCGAAGAAAACCAUAAAUGCAAAAAAGCACUUCAAGCAAAAUACUCAGCAUCUAAGCUGUGGUAUCUUGAGGUAAUUGCUGUUCAUCCCGCGCUUCAAUCUCGCGGACUGGGUGCUGGUGUGAUGCGAUCAGUCCUCGACCUGGUCGCAGACCAACCAAUUUAUCUGGAGUGCACGCGCUAUGAAAAUAUUGGAUUUUACGAGAAUUUCGGUUUCCGGGUUAUUGAAAAGGUAGAACUAACGGAUGCACCCACACACGAGGGAGAGGUUCCAAAUUUGAAUUAUUGGGUUAUGGUUCGCUCAGCAGAGGUUUCAUAA